AUGUCUUUUUGGCUUAAUAAUAGUUUGGUUAACAGUGAAGAAAUCAAUGAACAGAGGCUCAUGAUUGCAGAUUUUCAAUUUACAGCUGGUUCAAAAGCUUAUGAGAAUGCCUUCAAAAGUUGCCUAAAACAAUGCAUACCUCAUCAUUACACCGAAGGUGAAUUGAAUAAAGGGGAAACAGUUUGUGCUGAUAGAUGUGUGGUUAAAUUCAUGAAGGCUAACCUUCUUAUAGGUCAAUAUAUUCAACAGACAAAAUUUGCCAACCCACAAAACAUGGGAGCGUAUCAGAACCUUCCAUUAAACAAUAACAAUAAAUAA